GAAUCUAUUACAGGAACCAAAAGAAGACAUCAGAGAAAGGUUAAAGAGAAACAGAAACAGAGAAUUUGCACUAAUAAUUUGGGCGAACAAUACAAUACAAAACAAAAACCUCUUUUUUGUUCUUCUCUGGGAUGAUACCAUUUCUUCACUAGAUGGAGAAAGAAGAGAGGAGCCAAAGAACAUGCAAAACAAUAGAGCCGGAGUUGUUUUUACAGUGGGGGAAUAGAAAGAGGCUAAGAUGUGUGAGAGUUAAAGACCCUCAAAAAAUCUCUCAUAAAUCCAAUGCUAUAAUUCGUAGAAGAAUCACUUCUCGGCUUUUAGAUAAAGAAUCCUCUCCUUUUUCUCAAUUCAAUCCUCGUCUCACUAGGAAUUCAGAAGCAUCUAUACUGCGAUCGGAUCACCGGAAAGCGGCUUCACCAGAGAAGGAAGACAGGUACUACACAACAAGAGGGUCAGCAGUGGGAUUGGUGGAUGAGAAUGGGAAGAUUGCAGUGGAUAGCAAUAAUGGAGAGGAUAACAAAGGGGUAGUGUGGCCAAAGCUGUAUAUCACAUUGUCAAGCAAAGAAAAAGAGGAGGAUUUUAUGGCAAUGAAAGGGUGUAAACCCCCUCAGAGGCCUAAAAAGAGAGCCAAGAUUAUCCAAAGGAGCUUACUUCUGGUGAGCCCUGGGGCAUGGUUGACUGAUAUGUGCCAAGAAAGAUAUGAAGUUAGGGAAAAGAAGAGUUCUAAGAAGAGACCAAGAGGAUUGAAGGCCAUGGGAAAUAUGGAAAGUGAUUCUGAUUGAAGAUACAUCAAUGGCAGCAGCAGGGCCUUUUUCUUUUCUGAUAUUUUUUGGGGUAAUAUUUUUGGAGUUGAUGAUAAUGGGUUGGAGAAAAAUAUAGAGAAGUUAAAACAUGGGUCUACUUGCUGGGGUUUGUUAGGUGUAUAGAUGUUUGAUAUUUUUCAUAUAUAUAAAAAUGAGAAUAAUUAUUGUUUUUGGAUAAAUAUUAGUAAUUUUGGCAA